UCCCUCUCUCUCUCUCCCUUGACUCUCUCUCCUCUCUCUAGUUUCUCUCUCUUGUUUCUCUCUCUCCGCAUUUCUAGGGUUCUUUCCUUCUCCUGCUCCACAACCCUCUCUCCUCACUCCUCCCCAUUCCUCUCUUCCCAUCUCUCUCUCUCUCUCUCUCUCUCUUUCCUUUGCUGUGAAGAGACCAGUCGAGCUCCCAUGGCGAAUUUCGCCUUUCCGUCUUCCCUGGAGAAACCCACCAGCUUCACCGCCUCGUCCUCCUCCGCUCCGGCCGCCGGCGACGACGACGACGUCUUCGAGGACAGCUGCAGCAUCUGCCUCGAGUGUUUCACCUCCCAGGACCCCGCCACUGUUACAACUUGCAAUCAUGAUUAUCACCUUCAAUGUAUUCUUGAAUGGUCACAGAGAAGCAAAGAAUGCCCAAUCUGUUGGCAGUUACUUUCCUUGAAGGAUCCUGGCAGCCAAGAGCUUCUCAGUGCUGUUGAGCAGGAAAGAAAGCGAAGGUCGAGGAACAGAUCUACCCCUUCACCGACCACUGUCGUCAGUUUCCAUGAGGAUUUUGGCAUCGGACAAGAACUUUCCUCACAAGACGUCUCAGAUAUUGAUGAGCGUGUUCUGCAGCAUUUAGCUGCUGCAGUGAGUAGGGCUCAUUAUUUACGCAGAAGGGAGAGACAGAGAUCGUCUGGACUUGGUUCUUCCAGAAUCCGUGUUUCUAGCUCUCCAGACAAUUGCCCCAUGAUGCGGCAUUCACACCAGACCAAUGUGGAAGGGCAAGAAGGUUUCAUUGUUGAGUCUUCUAGCAGUGAUUUAACUUCUGGAACUCCAAUCUGUCUAAACAUUCGUCCUCAGUCCCCAAUGUCCCCUCCUUUUGCAAACAUGGCUCCCAGUGCUGCAGUCAACAGAGGAACUUUUGGUAGCAGAGUUCUUCAGAGCCAGAUACGAGUUAACAGUCAUCAGAGCCCACAGGAACCUAGUCCACCUGAAAUGUCCUCCUUCUCAGAGUCUUUAAAAUCUAAGUUCUCUUCUGCAACUGCCAGAUACAAGGAGUCAAUCUCAAAGGGCACUAAAGGUUUGAAGGAGAAGAUACUUGCUCGCAACAGCUCAGUCAAGGAGCUGAGUAAGGGAGUUCAGCGUGAGAUGAGUGCUGGAAUUGCUGGUGUUGCGCGAAUCAUUGAGCGCCUAGACCUGAAGCGAUCUGAAGCCUCUGCAUCUGUCCCUGGUCAUGUUGUGGUAACUUCGGAUUUAUCCAAGAGAGAAAAGAGUUCACUGGAGGAUCUUCUGACUCAAUCUUUUAGAGAAGCUCCAGUAAGUCUAGAUGCAGAAUUACAUGACAUGGGUAAUAUCCCAGGCCGACUUGAAGUUAUUCCUACCCAGGAGAGACAUUGAUGCUGCUAUGUUGUGGGUCGGCCUUGAGCUAUUCUGGUUUUUCUACUAGUGGGCUUGUCUGAAGGCAUGUGGAGCAAGUGACGUACAGUUAGAAAACCAACUUCUCUCAUUGGUUUCUGCGUCCUGCGUCCGCUGUUCAUGUGAAGGAACCAUCAGCUGAUUGUUUAACAUAUGAAAGCAUUCUUUCUAUAUAUAUUUGAGGGUAUUGAAGAAGGAUCAUUUGAUGAUUCUCAUGUUACUUAUAUGUUUCUAUUCACAAAGUUGCUUGCCCCUUCAAGAAUUCAAAGAUAUGUCCAUUUCCUCCUAUACAAUUUACUAUGGACAGACGAAGAUGCUGAAUAUGUUUCACUAUAGGAUCAUACAGAAAUACUUCUCCGAACCCCAGCAUCUUGUCCUUUUCUUAUUGCAAUGGUAAAAGCAUAACAUUGGCACGGAAGGAAAGAAAACAAAAUCCCAAUGCCAUUAUUUAAGAAAAGAGAGGUUUGUGGAAGGCUUCCAAGGUUUUAAUCUUAAUGAACAGUGAUUGCUGAUCGUUUGUUUGUUCGCUUUUAUUUCUGAGAUUCUUGAUUA